UAUAAAUUCAUUGUAAAUAAGUUGCAACCUUGACGUUGACUGUGAUGUUCUGGUGUACUGAUGGUUAAUACAAAUAUUAGUGAACAUUCUCAAGAUAUUUUCAAGAAAUAGAAAACCAGCUAUGAUUCUGUACCUGAUCGUAAUUUCCGUUGUAGUGGCUUACAUUUUCCACUACUUACUAUCACCCUUGAAUUACUGGCGAAAACAAGGGGUAAUACAAAGGAAUACAUGGGACGCUUUCAUUUUCAACUGGUUUGUCCUCUUGAAACGUCAAAAUGUGGUGCAUUUUAUUGAAAAUAUGUACAAAGAAUUUCCAUCUGAAAGAUAUAGUGGGUGUUACCAGUUUAACAGUCCAGCACUUGUGCUGAGAGAUCCAGAUCUGAUCAAAGAAAUCACAAUAAAAAAAUUCGAUCACUUUACCGAUCGAAGAACUUAUAUUCCUGACGAUGUUGAUCCUUUGUGGGGCAAAAACCUAUUUUCACUCAGAGGUGCUCAUUGGCGUAACAUGCGGUCAACUUUGAGUCCCGCUUUCACCAGCAGUAAAAUGAAGGGCAUUUUCAUUCUUAUGGAAAAUUGCGCGGAAAAUUUCGUCAAUCAUUUCAUGGCCGACGAUAAACAAUUGAUCGUUCUGGAGACCAAGGACACUUUCACUCGUUUUUGCAAUGACGUUAUCGCUACCACAGCUUUUGGCGUGGAGGUGGAUUCAUUGAAAUAUCCCGAUAACGAGUUUUACGCUAUGGGGAAAAGAGCCACAAAUUUCACUUCUUUGAAGAGCAUGAUGAAAUUUUUGGGGUAUUUGGUAGCACCAAAGCUGUACAGAGCUUUGAAAAUAAAAUUCUUCGACGAUAACGUCAGCAAUUUCUUUAGAACUCUAAUCGAUGAGACGAUUGCUCUGAGAGAAGAACAGAACGUGUCGAGACCAGAUAUAAUACAGCUACUUAUGGAAGCUAGAAAUGGAGUCAUCAGGAAUGAAGAAGAUGAUAAACUUGAUACUGGAUAUGCUACUGUAGAAGAAUCAAUAGGUGGAAAGAUUCCCAUGAACAUCACUAACGAAGAUAUAACAGCUCAGGCCUUGGUGUUUUUCUUCGCUGGAUUUGAGUCCCUCUCAACUUUGAUGUGCUUCACAGCUUAUGAACUGGCAAUGAACCCAGACAUACAAGACAAAUUGAGGAACGAAAUUCGAGAAACUAGUGAAAAAUGCAAGGGAAAGUUGACUUAUGAUGCUUUAGUCAGUAUGAAGUAUCUGGACAUGGUCAUAUCAGAGGUCUUGAGAAAAUGGCCGUCUCAAGCAGGCGCAGAACGGAUCUGCACCAAAACCUGCACGAUAGACCCGAAAACACCCGAGCAACCGCCGCUGCGGCUAGCCGAAGGGGACCUCCUGCUUAUCCCCACCUACGGGAUCCACCGAGACCCCAAAUUCUAUCCUAACCCGGACAAAUUCGACCCGGAGCGGUUCAGUGAAGAGAACAAGGGUCGAAUCCAACCUUACAGUUACCAGCCCUUUGGCUUGGGGCCUAGGAACUGUAUAGGGUCGAGAUUCGCCCUUUUGGAAGUGAAGAUUUUGUUUUUUUACGUUUUGUCGCGGUUCGAGUUUGUUGCUGUGGAGAGGACCGCCAUACCUUUGGUUUUGGACAAGAGAGCUUUGAUUUUGGCUGCUGAAGGAGGCAUGUGGUUGGGUCUGAAACGUCUGAGGUCAUCUUGAGUUUGUCUCUUAAAUUCGUGUCUGUGUUAGAAUCAAACUUUUGUACACAAUUUUGUUAAUAAAGUAACUAAUAAUGGAAUAAUAUUUGUUUGCAUUCAAUGACUCUUCUGUGGUGACAUCGAA